UAAAGUGCGAUUCCUCCUCUCUCUCUCUCUCAGCGCUUCUCGGUUUUAUUUCACGGAUUCCUCGACUCCCACCGGCAACCCAAUCUCUCUCUAGACUCUCGCUCUGGAUUUUCCAUCCUCUCCAUGCAUGCACAUUAUCGUGAUUAUUGAAUGUAGGUUUGGGAUCAGACGGUUUGGUUUUACAGUGAGAUUGGAACCUUAACUUUGGCCAAACUGAUAGCUGAGAAAUGGAUGGGAAUAUCUCUGGAGAAGAGAGUGACAGCAUUGAUUGGAACACCGAUGAUGAGCUAGAAACUCAGAACUUGCCUCCAUCUUCUAGUUCAACUUUGAUCAUUCCUGGUGGAGAAGCUUCCAUUGCCUCAGGGGAGGCAAGCUCAUCAACAGGGCGGCCUUCCAACUCCAAGUUGAUAAACCAUUUCAUAGGGAUGGGAUUUUCUGAAAAAAUGGUUGUAAAAGCAAUAGAGCAAGAUGGGGAAGGAAACACAGAUUCCAUAUUGGAGUAUCUCCUCACAUACUCGGCUCUUGAGAACUGUCCUCAAGAACUUGAAAACUCCCCUCAAGCAGAGCCACAAGUUGUCUCUGAUAACUGCUCUUCAGAUUAUGACGAGAGCUUUCUUGAUGAUUUCUCAGAUACUGAUAGUUGUCAUGAAAAUCAGGAAAAUAUAAAUUCUUUGUCUGACAAGGAAAAGAAAUUGUUGUUCUUAGCGGACAUGGGGUACACAGUAGAAGAAGCUUCGAUUGCCAUGGACAGAUGUGGUCCUGACUCCUCAGUCGUGGAGCUAACAGAUUUUAUAUCUGCUGCUCAAAUAUCAAAGGCAGCAGAUGCUGAUCUAGGAGAGCUAUCUGAUGAAGAAAAGCCAAGACCAAAGCAUCUAUACAAGGAUUAUAAUAAGCAAAAGAAGAGGAAAUUUCUUGACUAUCGGUUGUGGGAAAGGAAAAAACAGAGAGGGUAUGAAAAGAAACUCCGGAAUGAGGAUGAUGAACCAAUUCGCCUUCCAAAUCCAAUGGUUGGGUUUGGGGUCCCUGCUGAACCAUGUCCUAUAUUUCAUAGAACACUUCCAGAGGCAGCGGUUGGGCCUCCUUACUUUUAUUAUGAAAAUGUGGCACUUGCUCCCAAAGGAGUUUGGAGUACUAUCUCAAGAUUCUUAUAUGAUGUUGAACCGGAAUUUGUUGAUUCAAAGUAUUUCUGUGCUACUGCAAGGAAAAGAGGCUAUAUUCACAAUCUUCCAAUUCUAAACAGAUUUCCUCUUCUUCCGCUCCCUCCACUAACCAUAUACGAAGCUUUACCCUUAACCAGGAAAUGGUGGCCAUCAUGGGACACAAGAACAAAAUUAAAUUGCAUACAGACAUGUGUUGGGAGUGCAAAGCUGACAGAUAGGAUCCGCAAGGCCCUUGAAGAGUGGGACGGUGUGCCACCUAUGAGUGUCCAGAAGUAUGUUCUUGACGAAUGCAGGAAAUGGAAUUUGGUCUGGGUUGGAAGGAAUAAAGUGGCGCCUCUCGAACCUGAUGAGGUAGAAAUGCUGUUGGGGUUCCCAAAGAACCACACAAGGGGAGGUGGAAUCAGUAGGACCGAUAGAUAUAAAUCACUUGGUAAUUCAUUCCAGGUUGACACAGUGGCCUACCAUUUCUCGGUUUUGAAAGACAUGUUCCCAGGUGGCAUCACUCUCUUAUCCCUUUUCUCUGGGAUUGGGGGUGCAGAAAUUGCUCUCCAUCGGCUUGGUAUCCCUCUAAAGAAUGUUGUGGCAGUAGAGAUUUCAGAGACAAACAGAAAUAUUCUCAGGAGCUGGUGGGAGCAAACAAAUCAGAGGGGGACUCUGGUCGACAUUGCAGAUGUGCAGCAGUUGAACGGUGAUCGGCUGGAGCAGCUGAUUCACACAUUUGGUGGAUUUGAUCUCAUUGUUGGUGGGAGCCCCUGCAAUAAUCUUGCAGGCAGCAACCGGGUGAGCCGAGAUGGACUUGAGGGUAAAGAAUCUGCACUUUUCUAUGACUAUUUUCGAAUUCUAGACCUGGUUAAGUGUAUAAUGGGUAGAAAUCAGUAACCUUCCAGGUUCUUGCCUCUAAUUCAAAUUUCUUUUCUUUUUCUUGCUUAAAAAAACAUUGUAACAUGACCUCUAAGAAUGACUUGUAGUUGAUUCAAGUUUCUAUUUGCUUCACUGGAAAAUGAACUGUUGGAAAAGGAAGCAUCAGAUGAAAGGCUGCUGGAUGAGGUUUGUACAAGCUGGCAUCCCAUCUUCCUGUGGACCAUAUUAUUCCUCAAUAAGUACUGAGCUUGUAUUGCCAAUGCAAUAAAAGUUCUCUGCAGCCAGGCCUUAAGACAAAAUUGUUGAGUAACAAGUCCAAAUAUAAUUUGGCCAUUUUCAGAAUGGCUUUGCUGCUUGGGAUAAAAGUUCUGCUUGCCCUUUGCAUGCUAUUAUUUGCAUUUCUUGGUAGUUUGGGUUUUUCCUUAUUAUCAGUUUUGAUA